AUGGAUAUUGAGAAACCCAAACUACCAUCCAUUCAGCUGAUGCUACAAGGUGUUGCUGUUGAAGAUUCGGUUGAGCUGCAAGUGGCAGCACAAGCUCGACCACAAAUGGGCCAUAGACGACAUGUAUCAGAUCUUGGCAAUCCCUGUCCACCACAAAGACCUCCUCUCUCCUUGUAUCCUCACCCAGAAAUGGCUGUGGGAGGUUUGCCAAGUCAUAUGCAAAAGCUAUCUAUUUCAAAGCCUGCAGCACCCAUUGAGCCCAACUUGAACAACAACAACAAUGGCAAUAGCAGCCAACAUCUUGGUUCAUCCCCUCUUCACCAGUACCUGCAACAUCAGGCACCUCGUUUUGCAACACCAUCAUCCAUGUUGUUGCAACAGCAUCGUUCACCUAGAAACAUGCACUCGCGUUCCUUUUCCGAUUACUCGCACCCUUAUCCACAACCACUCUAUUCAUCGGCCGCCACUUCUCCGCCAUCCAUUGCUCGUGAUGCCAAUUCAGCUUCUCGCAGUACUUAUUUGCAACCUGGAUAUCAUCGUCGUGCUAUUUCCACCAAUACCCUUGAUUUGAUCUUGCAGCCUACCCAUCAUCAUCACCAUCAUCAUCAUCAUUCACAUGAUCAACUUUCAACCCCUCCUUCGUUGUAUCCAUCCUCAUCUACAACUACAACUACAACGUGUACCAGUGCACCCCAUAGCCCAACACUCUCACCCACCCACCACAAGAUCCCUCAGUCCCCUGUUUCAAGUGAUGGUGCAAGCGAUUCUGAUUCUAACGACAAGACCACCACCACCACCAAGUCAUCUUCGAAUAAGGAUGCAUCCUCAUACAACAAAUACCAUUGUCCUUAUUGUGAUAAGGGAUUUUCACGUCCUUCAUCGCUUCGCAUCCAUACUUAUUCACACACUGGUGAAAAGCCUUUUGUGUGCCCUGAACCUGGUUGUUCUCGUAAAUUUAGUGUGCAAAGCAACAUGCGUCGCCACCUGCGUGUUCAUCGUCUUGGACGUGCCACCAAGAGAUCCAAUGCAUCCACUGCAACAGCAGCAGCGUCUCUCAAUAUGACACCUGCAACAAGUGCUGAUCGAUCAAAACCAUUGGCUGCAAAGCCAACUGCCACUUGGGUGAGGAGUGAAGAACAACAUCACUUGUCGGCUUUUACCCUUCCAGGUCUUUGUUCGACAAGUGAGGAUUAA